AUGCCAGACUCGAACCCUAUCCCCUCAACAUCUCCAGAUACCCAGCAGCCCGGUUCAAUGCAGCCUCCGGCCUUGCCACUGAAAAAGACGUCGCUACCGCCCGGGGAGGGCGGCGGGAAGAAGGGCGGGGUCAAGAUAGUCAAGGGAGAGAAGGCUGGGACUGGGAGACAGAGCUUCAGCUGUGCCGAAUGCAGGCGGCUCAAGCUGAAAUGCUCGAGAGAAUGGCCAUGCACUUCUUGUGAGAAAAGGGGGUGCGCUCAGAUUUGUCCUCAAGGUGUGAUGCAAACAGGCAAAGGCAAGCGUCUUAUCCUUGCCGAUACCGCCGAACUGCACGAACGCAUCUCUGAGCUUGAGCUUGCCCUCUCUCAAGCCCACGCCAAAACGACUGAUGCGCCCCAUCCGCUUCUUGCUUCUCCUUACCUCUUUUCCCCGCGCGAGUCACCCUCUCGUUCACGGCCAUCUCCGAGCGCCUCUGGUCUGCGACAUGGGUCUUUACCAGGUGAGGACCGGCUAGAGGGAGCUGUCGGGACUUUGACUAUGGGGCAAGAGGGUCAGGCUACUUAUGUGGGAAGCUUUGCCGGAAGUGAGUAUCUGAGAGAGGAGGCCGUAGACGAAGACGAGAAAAGCGCUACAGAGGGGCCGUUGAGGACGCCGCCUGCAACUGCUCGAACAGCACCUCAGACACGACCACCGCAGGAACGAGAAGAAGACUUUUGGCCCAGUCUCGGGCUCCAUGCUUCUCUCAUGGCCGGGGGCGAGGUCAAGUGGGAUCUAAACAGCUUGCGAGCAGAGCUGCCCGAUUAUGAAAUUGAGGGCCGAGUGCUGGUAGCGGCGUACUGGGAGAAUGUAAACUGGCAGUAUCAAAUGAUCCCUCGGGUGAUGUUUGAAAAUGACCACAUCCUCAAUGCCUACGACACUGCAUCCCCCGUCAAUGCUCACAAAUUGGCAUGUGUAUUCCUUGUCAUGGCAUUGGGCGUCAUGUACGAUUUACAUCGUCCACCCUUUGACCCGAGAGGGGAGCAGCUCUUCUCACUAGGCAGAGCGUGUAUCUCGACUGUGGGCAUUGAGCAUGCUAGCCCUGCCACUGUGCAGGCGUUGCUUUUGAUGGGGACGUACAUCCUGAAUGAUAAGCGUGGAAAUGGCGGCGAGGUAUUUUGGCCGAUCUUGGGGACGGCAGUGAAAAUUGCUCAGGGUCUCGGUCUGCAUCGUGACGGAUCCAACUAUGGUGGCCUGUCCCAGUACGAGAUCGAAGAGCGACGCCAGACUUGGUGGGAGGUGGUUACGUAUGACCGAUUACAAGCCAUUUGUUUCGCCCGGCCUUGCUCUACGAGUUUCAAAUGGUCGGAUACCAAGUUGCCAGAGACUCCCGAGCUGAUCGGUGAUGAAGCUGGGUUCCACCGGGCAAAGUACCAGUUCAUGGAGUUUAUGGAGCGGGUCAUUGAAAUACAAACGCAAGUUGACCCAGUGUCCUUUGUCACUGUGGCGCAGCUGGACCAAGAGGUUCGAGAGUUCAAGAAGAACCUCCCGGAACUCCUCAUGCCCAACGUCCCGAUCCAAGACCUCCCGCUGGAUUCACAAAUCCACCCCCACCUCGUGAUUCACCGCUUCGGCAUCCGUCUCCAGAUCGCUCAAACCCGCCUUCUGCUCAACCGCCCGCUCUUUGUCCGUGCCCUCCAGGACUCACCUACCGACCCGUCUCACUCUGCGAAGCUGGGAGAGAGCUUUGUUGCGCUAUUCGAGAGUGCACAAGAGAUUGUGCUGUUGGUAAAGUAUUUGGUAAUCUAUCACCCGAGCUUGAUUGCAAGAUGGUGGUUCUUUUGGUUUCACGCCUUUUCUGCCGCAGUCUGCCUGUCGGCAAUCACUAUACGCGCACCCUACUCGGCAUUCGCCAACCCUUCCUUUCAUGCCAUGUCCAUGGUGUGCGACAUCUCGGCGGCUGCCCGGGAGGGUUGUCGCGCCAAACGCGGUCUCCCCAUCCUUCUCCGCCUGCGCGUACGCGCGCACGAUGCCCUUGCUGCUGCUACUGCUGCCGCCGCCCACAAAAGCCGGUCACAGACGGCCAAGGGGCAUGGUAGCUCUGGUGAAGACGACGAUCUUAGCCAUCUUGCUGGCAGCGGCAAGCUUCGCCGAGUUCAGGUACCGCAUCAAAGGCGCCUGUCGGGGGGCAGCGGGCCCCAAGGAAACGGGCUGGAAGGCACACCAUCACCCGGAUCAGGGGGUUCAAUUGGCACAGCCUCGACACUGGUGGAAAGCGGCUUGUAUGAAGGUAUAAUACCGCCUGCCCCUGUUGAGACGCCUCUUGCCAGCAGAAUAUUGCCUUCCAGUGCAAACAGCCAUCAGCAGCGGACAACAGCGUCUGGUUCCGGCAGUUCGUGGCACCCGGGCGAACCGAUGGGCCCUUUCUUGACCGACAUGACUCCGACGCCGUCCUUUGCAGCUCGUCCGCAGGAUCCUAAUUUCCUGGCUCAUCAGUCUUCAAAUUGGGUUCCAUCAUCUCCGCCGGUGGACUCCUCAAACUUUUCUGGCUCUGGCGUCUCACCCGAGUUUGACCCGAGCACCGAGAUGGACAUUUCUGCUGCGUUCGGCAUGAACUCGGGUAUGCACAUGGGGAUGUCUUUGGACAAUCACUCAAUUCACCACUAUGGAGCAGGCGAACCUCUGGUCAGAGGUAUUGAUAUUGGGAUGAUGGGGAUGAAUGUGCCGGGGUCGAUGCAGCACGGUAUGGACACGGGCGCGGUGAUGGAAAUCACACACGAAGGGGGGGCUGAGGCGGAGACGUUGGGGUUUGACUUUGCUGCUUUUGUCGACAAUAUGGGGCUUUAA